UUUCUUCACAUCUCUAGAAGUCUCCAUAUCUCUUAUGUGAGAAGAUAAACAGAUCCCCUUUCUCUGCUCUAUCGUUAUAGUCCCUCAAGCUGGCUGUACCAAAUCGAAUGGCAUGCUCCUACAUCACCAAAGCUACGAAGGAGAUGCUCUUGGAGGUCAAGUCUGGCCAAAACGGAGAUAGGCAGAUCGGUCGCCGGGUAGGCCAUUAUGAGAGGUGCUUCUUGCUGCUAGGUUCUCCGAGAAUGCUCUGCUCUCUUGUUCGUGGAUCUGGGAUAGAGAGCCGUGUCGUUGGGUUGAACGACCAUCUUCUCCGUAGAAUUCCACGUCUGAGCCGGAGCAGUAAGGACAGAGUAUGUAGGCAAAGGCGGUUUUUGGGCUUCCUCAUUGCUGGUGCCAUCGCCUUUCACCCAUUAAUUUGCAACAACUUUGCAUCAUUUCUACUUCGUCGAGAGUGGCUUAUUCUUGACAUGUUUUGGAGUCUUGUUUUCCUCGGAAGUGGUCAUAUCAUAUCUAGAAGUCUGAUACAGUACCCGAUUUGCCUUAUUUUUGUGCCUCAUUGUAGUAAUUUCUUGUAAUGUUCUUCUUUUGUAAAACAUUUUUUCUUCUAGUGUUCCUUUCAUAGUUCUAUCUAUAUUGAUCAUUUUUAUUAAGUUUCUUCUGCACACAUAUGCAGUUAGUCAAGUAUAGUAAUAUUGGUUAACAAACAGUCACUAUUCAUUAGUUGAUAACUAAUAACUGAUAAAAGAUACUGUUCCAUACCUGCCAAGAAGUUCCCGGGCUUCAAUUAUAUCUAGACCUAUAUAAUUCUUGUGGAAUUGGUAAUCAAUGGUAAAUGUCUUAGGUAUUUUCCCUGCAAAUAACAAAAUAUCUUGUAACAUUACUGGAUUGAACUUCUGCACCAUCAAAGUCACAAUAGGGACAGUUUAGCUGCGGAUUAAAUCCUCAUUCAAAAAAUAAGGAAACUUUGUCCAUAACGUAACUCCUAUUUUUAUCGCCCCUAAAGAGUUCUUUUUUUAUUAUUGACUCCACAUGCUUCAUUUGGAUGAUUAAUCCAAUCACAAUAAAUUUGGAGAUUAAUUGCUUCGUAGUUAGAAAGAUUAAAUAGAUAAGAGUAUUAUUUCAAACUACAGAGUAUAGAGUAUAGACAUACAUGAGCAUUGUUUAUUUUAUCUACCUGUUAUUGUACUUAAUCCAUACCAAUGAUUAUAAUUAUAAUUUAACCUCUACAGAUAGUAGCAUGAACUCGGUUGGGCCUGUCAAAACAAUAAAAUAUAAUUAGGGAUUGUUGUCCAAAAACAUAGAGAAAUCUGUAACUGUAAUGCAUUUUUCUGUCCAUCAAAAUUAUAUUGAGGCUAAUAAGCUCAUCAACAAUUGUCGUUAAGUCAUUAAGCUCCUUGUAUGCCAUAUUUUUUUGGGGUUUAAUAGGAGUUGAAAACAACUGAUAAAGUACCUAUGAAGAUUUUAUGCUGAUGAGUGAAUUUAGUAAUAGUAGUAUUUACUAACCUUGAUGAUUCAUGUUAGAGACAACUCAGAAGGUUGGGCCUGACUUUGUCGGCACUCGAGCUGAACCUGACACUGAAGCUUGGCUAAUUUUCUUGUUUUUCCGUCAUUGAAUCACUGGAUGCACCAGAUAAUCGGCAGACUUCGAUUUUGCUGGUGGCACAUUGGUUCAUAGCAGAUUCGGCUGACUUCAGUUCUCCAAAAAAUAUUGAUCCUACAUCUUGGGCUGCCCUGCUUGUGCUAGAUGUGGCCGGUCGAGUGUCUUUAUAUUUGUCAUUGGCUUGGCGGAGUCCAUCUGGAGUUCUUUUUUCAGACGCGUCUGGGCUCUUGCUAAUUAAUCUGCAUGGAGUUUUGCUUGCCUUAUUUGCACGCACCACUGUGUGGUUGUGUCGGACACAUUGAUGGAGACGUGCUAGAUUUUUCUUUUUGAGGUUUGGAGACGUGCUAGAUGACAGGCGUGUCAGGCAACUAUUUGUACCCCAUAAUAGUUAUAUGUAACUUUUGUAUAUUUUUAAAUCUCUGCCGUUGUUAUUAAAUAUUGACGGUGCACAUAAUUUGAUCUA